CCUUCGGCGUCGUCGCUGUUGCCACGUCAAAUGUGACGUAGCAGGAGGUGUAGUCAGGGAGGGGGGUGUAGUAGCAGUGCAGACGAGUACUCAUCGAUUUGUAUUAGUGGUCUUAAACCUGAGAGCAGUCCUUGUGAGAGUUAAUUAAAAGCACAAGUGAUCAUGGACCCAAACAUCAGCACACUCAGGCAGAAGCUGGCUGACGCCAGCCAGUCUCACCUCCUGCAGUUCUACAGCCAGCUGAACCCUGAAGAGCAGGCCGAGUUGAUUGAUGACUUGGAGCGGAUGGACUUUCAGGAGAUCAAUGGAUUCUUCAAGAAUGCCAUGGAGGCAUCCAACAACAGCAAACAAGGGAAGCUGGACAACCGCAUGGAACCGGUGCCUAGGGAGGUGCUGGGAAGUGUGACAAGAGACGGGGACUGUGUCAAAGACUGGGAGAUGACAGGUCUUCGCUGCAUCUCACAGAAUAAAGUGGCAGUCUUACUGCUGGCAGGGGGCCAGGGAACCAGACUGGGGGUCUCAUACCCCAAAGGCAUGUACGACGUCAGGCUGCCGUCCCACAAAACCCUCUUUCAGAUCCAGGCUGAACGCAUCUCGAAGCUCCAGCAGCUGGCUGAGCAGAAGCACAAAACCAAGUGCUGUAUCCCCUGGUACAUCAUGACGAGCGGCAGGACAAUGGAAUCCACUAAGGAUUUUUUCUCAAAACAUAACUUCUUCGGCUUGGACAAGAACAAUACCAUCUUCUUUCAGCAGGGCAUGCUACCAGCUAUGGACUACAGUGGCAAGAUCAUCCUGGAGAGCAAAGGAAGGCUCUCUAUGGCUCCUGAUGGUAACGGGGGUCUUUACAGAGCUCUUGGGAAUGAGGGUAUCCUGGAUGACAUGGAGAGGAGGGGGAUUGAGUCCAUCCAUGUUUACUGUGUUGAUAACAUCUUAGUCAAAGUGGCUGACCCCGCUUUUGUCGGCUUCUGUGUGCAGAAGGGAGCAGACUGUGGAGCUAAGGUUGUGGAGAAAACAAAUCCUACAGAAGCAGUGGGUGUUGUCUGCAAGGUGGAUGGCCGUUACCAGGUGGUGGAGUACAGCGAGAUCACCAUGGAAACUGCUCAGAAACGGAGCUCCGAUGGUCGUCUGAUGUUCAACGCAGGAAACGUGGCCAAUCAUUUCUUCAGCUUCUCCUUCCUCAGAGACAUAGUAAAGAAAUACGAGCCCCAGCUGCAGCACCAUGUUGCCCAGAAGAAGAUCCAGUAUGUGGAUGCUCAGGGUCAACUAAUCAAACCAGAGAAACCAAAUGGGAUCAAAAUGGAAAAGUUUGUCUUUGACAUCUUCCAGUUUGCUAAGACGUUUGUUGUGUAUGAGGUGCUGCGAGAGGACGAGUUCUCCCCGCUGAAGAAUGCAGACACUCAGGAUGGAAAGGACACACCCACCACAGCCAGACACGCCCUCAUGUCCCUCCAUCACCGCUGGGUGCUCAACGCUGGGGGGCACUUCAUUGACGAGAAUGGCAGACGUGUACCCGCCAUACCCAGAGCCGGAGGAGCAGGCAGUGUCACAGAUGAUGGCAACAGAAACCUGAAGGAUGGAACAGACCUGCCAAUCAAAUGUGAGAUCUCCCCACUGGUGUCCUAUGGUGGAGAGGGUCUUGAGGAGCUGGUGAAGGACCGAGAGUUUCAGCCAACUCUGAUGAUCGAUGAGCAUGGAGUCCACCAGCUGGUGAAGAAUGGAGUCUAAUCAAUGAAAAGGAGGAGGAGAGAAGAAAACGCCCAACUCCCUUUAUCUCACAUUGUAUGGGGAGAGAAACUGUGAUGUCAUCGCUGUGCAAUAACAAAUGUCACAUGCACGUGUUCAUGAAAGAAGCUGUCCUGUCCAAAAUGAAUGAAUGAGCAACAUGAAGUUUACUUUCUAGCACGUUUCUAGCAAGUUUUUGUUGCUUUGUAUGUUGAUGCCAUUUUUCUUCUUUUUUCUUCUUCUUCUUCUUUUUUUUGAAGAACACUUGAACUCAGCAAGAUAUGAAGUACGAAAAUCCUGUCAUACUUACAGGUUGAAGCAGUCUGUGGGUGCAUCUAUUUAUUUUGCUUAUGAGACUUAUUUUUUUAUAUGUACUGAUAGAUUCUCUAUAGGUGGAAAUUACCAUCUACUUGUUUUACCCAGUGAUUUUUAUAGAAAAGUUGACUUGGAUGAAAUGAUUACACAGAUGUUUCUUACAAUCAGUCAAGGAAU